CCAUCGGGAAGUAUGGCAGAAUGUGGUGGAAGGCGACAACGUGACCCUUAGCUGUUGGGUCAGCCUCAUGACCUCCCUCACUGACCUAAGAUGGACCUGGAGUCACCAGCACCAGGUCAUCAACUCUCAUUGUUACCUGACGAACUACAGCCGCGUGUGUGAAGCUGUGUUAGGCUCUGUAACCCUUGCUGCUGAUGGGAACUACUCCUGUAUUGGCACCAUCAGCGGCACCAACCCUGGCAGUACCAUCACCACUGGCACCAACACAGGCAGUGGGACAGUGGAGAAGUUCGUGAACCUCAAGGUUCAACGUAUGGAGUCACCGGUCUGGACCACAAACUUGACCCUCAACACCACUCACCACCUUCAUAAGAGAGAGACAUUGAGACUAGAGUGUACUGCAACAGGAGUGCCACCCCCUGCCUACCACUGGAGCAAGGAUGGGGUGGAGGUGAACACAACAAAGGACGCCAACGUCGUCCUGGACGCCGAUGAAGGAGUGCUGACGGUGCAGAAGGCGACGCCUGAGGACACAGGAUUUUAUGAGUGCCUGGUCAUGAACCGUGCAGGAACACUGCAAGCCUGGUUCAUGGUCUCCUACGUGCCAGCCACACAGGUUCACCAUUGUGAGUGAAGGUUGCUUCUGUGAGGUGGGCUAAGAUGUGUAUUAGUGGGUCAUAGGUAGAAAGUAGGUGAGAGAGACAGGCGGAGACAGAGACAGACAGGUGAACACACAGACCGAAAAAGAUAAUUCAUUACUCAAACAACUGUUUGUCACCCUCUGUAAGCUAAUUGGCUGACAGCCGCACUGACAAUCUUAGGACCACCAGCUCACGGGUUCGAUUCCCGGCAGUUCAUUUGAAUUAUUACACUCAUUUAUUACGAGUUUUCGACAUGCUGACAAGCACCUUAGAAGAGGCAGCAAGAACUAAUUCUGUGAAUGGCUAC